AUCGUAUUUUACCAGCAGCCCUUUGGUAAGAAGAAGAGACGGAGGAAAGGAAACGAAAAAGAGAAUCUGGUGGGGAGAGAGAAGAUUGAUUGAUCGAAUAUCAAAUGGCGACAUCGAGGCUUCAAGCUCUGUGGAAUCACCCUGCCGGUCCUAAAACCAUUCAUUUCUGGGCGCCAACGUUCAAGUGGGGAAUAAGCAUUGCUAACAUUGCAGACUUUGCUAAACCUACUGACAAAAUAUCAUACCCUCAACAGAUUGGUAAUUGCAUCCCACUUUCCUUUCCUUUGUUUGUCUUUGUCAUACCUCUCAAUGAUCUUACUCUAAUAUUAUCUCUUUUAGCUGUUACAUGCACUGGAGUUAUCUGGUCUCGUUACAGCAUGGUUAUCACUCCCAAAAACUGGAACCUCUUUAGCGUCAAUGUUGCUAUGGCUGGGACUGGCAUGUACCAGCUUGCUCGUAAAUCAAAAACGAUUUUGCAUCUGAUGUGGAGCCUGUUGUUGCCAAAGAAUGAUUACGACGAAAAACAAGAAGAUGAAAGCAUCAAAGGAAAGAUGGGAUAUCAUCUCCAUAUUGCUUGUGUUUGAAAAUCUAGUUUCAUGAUAUUUGAUUUUUCCUUUUCAUUCUCAGAUCUUAAGGGUCGAUUUACUAUGAAAUAAGUUCAUCUUUUUAAUACCCCAUAAACGCUUCUCUCUGUCUUUGAUGCGGUAUCUAUGGGAACUUUGUUUCAGUGAGCUUCUCCUGCGGCUGUGAUAAGUACCUUAUAAGCU